AUGGGAAUUCCACGUCUGACACAAGACCUCGCUCCAUACACAGAAACUGCGAUUCUCGGCCAGGCUAAUCACGAAUCGGAGGACGCCAUAGUGAUCGACAGCAUUGUAGUCGAUGGUCCGAGCCUGGCAUACCACGUUUAUAAUGCCCUCAUAAGGCAUCGGAUCCUCGAGGCAGGAACAGGUGCUGCGCGUAUACCAACGUACCAUGAAAUUGGCACCGCUGCCGAGUUCCUGCUCGCGGAGCUUACCAGCCAUGGUGUCAAUAUAGAGGCAAUCUACUUCGACGGAGCAUUGCCCGUCGGCAAGGAGGAAACGCGGUUGCAACGUCUGGAAAGAACCAGAAAGCAACUCGAAGAAUACCGAAGCCUUCACAGCACGCGACCUCCCCAGCCAGCCUCGCCACAGCUCGACAUUGACUUCCACAGAGCGUUGUGGCUGCAGAAAGCGGUAUCUGCACGACGGUCGCUACCUGCCGCGCCUCCUUUCAUGGUGCCGGCUGUCAUCGAGACGUUGUCGAAGUCACGAUGGGGUACACAGGUGCAAGUUGUUCCAGAGGAGGCUGACGUUGCAUGUGCUCGAGUAGCCCGUCUUUCUGGCUCCGCCAUACUCUCAAAUGAUUCCGACAUGUGCAUUUACGAGCUUGGCGAGCACGGCUGUGUAGUGCUCCUUCAGUCACUGGAGAAGAAACGCUAUAAGGAGCAAUCUGCAGGUUCUCAGAUCGUUGGAUCUUGCAUUCGCCCCAGGACCAUUGCAGCACGGCUCAAGAUCUCCUCCUUGCUGCCCCUAGCUUUCGAGCGAGCCUUGGAUGUCAGUGCCUCCGUGGGUGAGCUUGUCGAGCGGGCACGAUCUUCAUAUACGGGCUCCAGCCAGGGCGCCUACGAGGCAUUCGCCGACGAGUAUCGCAUCAGUGAGGCCUUGCAACCCAGCCUGAACCUGCAAGGCUUGGAUCCACGAACCGCCGAGUUUGUGGUGCGUUCGCUGCGGUCUGGAAAAGAUACGCUGCAGAUUUAUCUGCCAAUGCUUUAUGAAGAUAUCACGCGUGAUGCCGCCUGGUCGUAUGGGCAACAGAUUCGACAGCUCGCAUGUUCUAUAUGGCUUGCUGUCUCAGCCUCACCUUCCGGCUCGAAAGUCGUUAUGGAGUAUGCUCGAAAGGGCGGCCGGAUCGGUGCGAGCGCUAUUGCUAUGCAGCAGGGCCGCGACCUCUCACGUCUGUUGUCUGAGGUAACGUCCCAGAUGCGGCUCAAAUCAGCUGCUGCUAACGAGCAUGCUCCCAUGGUUCUCUGCUGGUGGACGUUGGCUGUUCACCUCGUUGUUCAGCAGAAACUCAAUGCCAGCAAGGCCAUCAGCCGAGUUGAUCUCAGCAGCUUCUUCGGCCUCAAAGGCAACGCACUGGGGCAAUCAUGGAAUGAUGUGCAUCUCCAUGCGAGCGCUCAAGCUAUUCUCUAUUCUACACGAAUUCUCGAACAGCUCCUUCUAUUCCACAAAAGAAGUCGUGAUGCCGAUAACGAGCCACUCGACGGACUAGAUCAGUUGGUGGGUUUACUCGGCACGAUGCCCCCAAUCUCAGAGUUAUUCGUUGGCAUAGAUGAGCUUCGGGCUCUAGUAUCGACGCAAAGAAACUACGCUGAAGGUCUCGUCGCUCCACUGUUUGCCAUGUUGCGAGAGCACGAGGCGAAGGAAGCUAUACAGUCGAAGCAACAUACCAGGUCCGUCGACGACCAAGAGCAGGAUGUAUCAGCAGAUGGUUUCCGUCAGCCACGGAAGAGAAUCAAGAGGGGAUUGGACGCGGAACAGAAAACGGCGUUUCAGCACAACAUGUUUCACCUUCUAGCCGAGGAUGGCUCGGGUGAGGAUUAA